CUGAGAGCUUAUCGCGAAAAACACAGGCACAAACAAAUCAUGAGCUCCUCUUCCUCUCUCCACUUACCACCACUCCCCACCGUCCUCCACCAAACAAAACUCUCCCCAAAACCCACAACAAUACCAAAGUUGCAUCCCUCCCCCACCCCCAAACUUUCAACAAUUACAAAUAAAACCCACCUCCCCAUUUGCAGGAGAGAAGCCACCUUAUCUCUUGCAAGCCUCCUCGUUGCUUCUCUUCUCCCAAACCCAUCUCUUGCUUCUGAGUGCUCUCUUGUUGUUGCCCCCUCUGGGCUUGCUUAUUGUGAUCAAGUUGUGGGGUAUGGGCCUGAGGCUGCAAAGGGGCAGCUUAUUAAGGCUCAUUAUGUGGGGAGAUUGGAGAAUGGGAAGGUGUUUGACAGUAGCUAUGGGAGGGGGAAGCCACUCACGUUUCGCAUUGGCGUCGGGGAGGUUAUCAAAGGAUGGGAUCAGGGUAUUCUAGGUGGUGAUGGGAUUCCACCAAUGCUUACAGGUGGUAAACGCACAUUAAAGCUUCCUCCUGAACUUGGAUAUGGUGUGAGAGGUGCAGGUUGCAGGGGAGGUUCAUGCAUCAUACCUCCAGAUUCAACUCUUUUGUUUGAUGUGGAGUUCAUUGGCAAGGCAUGAGCUGCUUCUGUAUAUAAUCAUCAUAGUAAUUGAUGUUAUCUGCAUUACAAAUGUAUUAAAGAAUACUUUGCAUGGCUAUACAUGUAUUGUUUGGAUGUACCUAGAUAAGGCUUUAUGAGAGAAGAGAUUUAUACUUUGGCCAUAUUUUUCGUAAUCAGGAAGUAUUGUUUUAUUUUUC